AUGUUGCUCGAUGGAUAUAAAUAUAGUAAUAAUGGGAAGCGCAACGGAAUUCGUUAUUACAAAUGCUCAAAAGCAUCUUUGUAUUUCUGUGAUGGGUCAAUUAAAAAGCUAGAGGAUGGCUUAAUUAGAAUUGUUAAAGAACAUUAUAAUCACAAUGGCCAAAAUAAUGUUGAGUUGGUUAAUGCUUUUAGAGACGUCCUCAAGACUAGGGCUAAAAAUGAAAACCAGCUUCUUAAAAAUAUAUAUGAUGAAGAGUGUCAACGGCAUAAUGUUGCUGCAGUAUUAUAUCCAUGGAAGACUGCAGAAAGUAUAACGCGACAUGCACGUAGAAAUUCUUUGCCUCGGACACCAACAUCAUUGAAUGAACUAGCUGCAUAUUUUGAUAAUGAACCAAUCCCCAGAUUUGCAUGCUCUACCAGUUCUAUGUUUAGAGGUAGCGUAACUGAUGCCCUGGGUAAUAGUAGUGUGAUAUUUGCUUGUCCACUUCUAAUUCGUGCAGUACAGGAAAAUAAUAUUGAUGAAAUACACGCUGACGCAACAUUCAAGAUAGUGCCCAGAAAUUUAGGAACACAGCUUUUAAGCAUACAUUGUAUGAUACAAAACUAUUCUAUACCAAUCAUAUAUGUAUUGAUGGAGUCUAAAUGUCGAGACUCAUAUGAUUGUGAUCUAGCUUUUGUAAAAAAUAAUUUGAUACCUAAUUUAACACCGAGCACAAUCAUCACAGAUUAUGAACCUGCACUAAGGGAUGCUUUGGUGUCUCAAUUUCCUGGAGCCCAAGCACAUGGGUGUUGGUUUCAUCAUAACCAGGCUGUAUGGAAGAAUAUGAAAUCCAGAGGUUACCUACAAUAUGUAAAUACCAAUCCAUUUGCACUGGACUCAUUAAAAAUGUUAUUCUCUUUGCCUCUAUUACCAGCAAGAGAAAUGGAAAGAGGUUUUGCUUUAAUAAGAGCUUUUGCAACAAACCAUGGUGUGCAUAUGGACAACCUUUUUGAUUACUAUAACCGGUAA